AUGCCUGAUGAAUUUGGUGGCCUCUAUGACGGGGUUAUAGCGCUGAUGGAUAAGGGAAGAGCCACUGACAUCAUCAACCUGGACUUGUACAAAGUGUUUGUCUCCACAUCUCUGUCUCUAAAUUGGAGAGACGUGGGUUUGAUGGAUGGAGCACUCAUGGGCCUGUGUUCAGAGAGAGAUUUCAAGGUGGAAUGUGGUGGAUUUUCAAACCGCCCGGUGUACAGCCUGAAGCCUGUGCCGGACACCAGCUUGCUGGUGACAAGUGGCCCACCAGACACCUCCCUCCAGGUCUGGCAGGUGUCAGCAGAGGACUCUGAUGUUAUUAAAUCUGUCAGCACCAUAUCUACAGAAAAUGGCACCGGGCAAACUUGGGCUAAAAUUGCCACCAUUUCGGCUAGAGCCCCAUGGGUCCUUCACGGCUCGAGACUCAACAACAUCCAAAUUACAGAGGUUGAAUCAAGGAAAAAUGUCUACAUGGCAGCCUCCCAAAGCAGCGAGGAGCUCAGUGGCCUGGCGUUCCUGGAUGCCAACACCUUGCUGCUCUGCUGUGCCCGGGGGGGGUUGUGCCUGGCUGAUGUUCGGCAGCCCCAGAGUCCCUUGGAGGCUGCGUCCGUCCCCUGGGCGCCGUGUGGCGAGCGGUGGUGCAUGGGAGUCGGGCGCGGACCUCAAGGCUCUGACUCCCAACCCAUUGCUUGCCUCUCGAGCCGGGGACGCCUCACCCUAACAGACAUAAGAAAAAUCUCCGAGUCCUUGGCCUCGGCAAAGUGCAAAGUCCCCUCGCCCAGCUCAGACGCGGAGUUCCUGUGCGUCUCCUGGGCUCCGGCUCUGGAAGGCUGCCUUGCUGUUUCAGGUUUUGAUGGCACCGUGCACGUGUAUGACGCGCAGAGCUGGGACAGCUCUGGCGGGGAAGCGGAGCCCAUCUUUGUCCACAAAGGCCACGCGUUUGGACCGGGCAGCAGCAGAAACCCUCCCCUGGUCACAGUGCACAUGUGGCACCCGCAGAAACCGAGAACUUUACUGUCGGCAGCAAGUGACGGUUCCCUGCACGUUUGGGACUGGGUUCAGUCUUGUGGGAAGUGUGGGUAGAUGAAAUUUUCGGUGAAGAUGUGUUGUGUUUCCUGUCUGCGUUCUAGAUUGCGUAGGCUGCGAGGUGUCUGUUUGCACCCAGAUACUGGUUUGAGACAGUUUGUAGUGAACCGAGUUAACAGUUAAGAGUGCUGUUUGUUAACAGAGUGAAAAAAAUUUGGUUGUGUUCUUGUU